ACCGUAUAGAAGACCUAAAUCUUUUACUCCUCUCGUCACUAUUUAUGUUGCCGCUUUUUACACCGGCGUCAUCGCCUCCGCCAUUACUGAGCAGCUCCACAAAGUAAAUCACUGGAGAAAUACUGGGAAGAUCAUCCUGGUGAAAUGGUGCCUCUAAUGAAGCCAAAGUUCUAUUCAGGUCCGUGGAAGAUUCUUCGAGGAGAGGUUCCCAGAUAAUCAAAAUCGGAACAGACAUCUUACUUUACUUGCUACAGAUCAAAGAAAUGACAACAUAUGGAACAAUACCUGCAGAAUCACUCCCGUCACCAAAUCUACGUGUCAUUUUAAACGCGAGAGAAAAGAUUGAAUCCAACCUUGGUACAAUCAAACCAUGGAGGGAAAUGUUGAGACUGCAAUCUUUCGAACUUCCUCCGACAUUCAACGAAAUUUUUCAAAGGAUCACGACAAAUGCUGCAUAUUUUCGUUACAACUAUGUUAUCGUCAUACUAUUAAUCCUUUUCCUCAGCCUGCUUUGGUACCCCAUUUCGUUAAUAGUCUUCAUAAUUAUGAUGGCGGCUUGGUUGUUUCUGUAUUUUCUACGUGAUGAUCCGUUGGUGAUUUAUGACAUGGUUAUGUCUGAUAAUGCUGUGAUGACAUUCUUGUUGAUGGUUACUAUUAUGUUGCUUUUGCUUACAAAUGUAAGUGACAACAUUAUCAUUUCCCUCUUUAUAGGGGUGAUGGUGGUUGUAGUUCAUGGGGCGUUUAGGAAUACUGAUGAUUUGGUGCUCAUUGAAGAUGAAGGGUUUGGUUCGGUUGGUGUAUUGCGCAGUAGAAAUAAUACAGGCGUUGUGCAUCUCAAGAAUGCCGCGUCUUCUUCUUUUUCUGCACCUACCCGUGUUUAGUAAAAACAAAAAAAUUGUGAAAUAAUGUUUCCAUAAUGGAUUUGUUGUUUACUGCCCA